AUGGGGGGUGGAAACUUUACUCCAGCGGAGCACGAAGAGCACCUUCACUGGUACAGCAGCAAGCUCACAUAUCUUCCUGCUUCUGGAAGUUCGUCUCAAGGCACUCUCGAGUCGAAUGGUAAGCGCCUGGGUGAACUCAGUCAGACGCAACGCACCCUCGAUACUCCUUCACCACCAGCACAGACUAUUUUGACUCAAUCUUCACCGCUCCAACUACGUGUCAUAACCCACAAUAUCCGCUAUGCCGCUACGUCUCUCUUUCCACACGAAGAGCCCUGGCCAGAACGUCUUCCAUACAUUCAGCGUCAAUUGUACCACUAUGUUUCGCUACCGUUCAAUCCACAAAGCUCUAUUGUCUGCCUGCAGGAGGUCUUACAUUCACAACUACAGGAUCUAGCUAGUACGUUAAACGCCGAAGCGGCAGGAGCAGAAAUUGAUCCUGACAGCAGCACCUGGUCCUACGUUGGGGUAGGUCGUGAUGACGGUGGACAAGCAGGAGAAUACAAUCCGAUUUUCUACCGUCAUGCCUAUUGGAAGAAAAUACAUUUCCAGACCAUCUGGCUGAGUGAAACUCCGGAGACAGUGAGUCGUGGUUGGGAUGGAGGCUGCAACAGGAUCUGUACUUGUCUUGUGCUCGAAACCCGUCUUUCAACCAAUGGCAAGGCACGAAGAGUGAUGAUAUUGAAUACUCACCUGGACAAUGCAGGCCCUGUCGCCCGACGAGAGGGUGCUAAACUGAUCGUCAGGAUGGCAAGAAGAUGGCGGCAGUCAUUUCGAGUAGAUAAUGUUGUGCUUACUGGUGAUCUAAAUUCGAUGAGAGACGAGAAAGAUGGUGCUUGGGAGAUAUUGAAUGCCAUGGAUAGUGGAUUUGUUGACUCGACGAGAUUGCUGGACGGUGGUCACGGUCUAUGUAUCAAGCAAUUUGGUCCUGAAAUGACCUUCACAGGGUUCGAUGGGAAUGGAGACGGGGACGAGGUUGGCAUACUCGACUUCGUGCAUCUAGGUGUAGGACCUGGAGACGAUGCUGAGAAUCUGCAAGGAAAAUUGCAUGCUUAUACCAUAAUUCCCAAUAUCUUCGAGGGUCAGCCGAGAUGCAGUGACCACACAGCCGUGGUUGUUGACUUCCUGCUUUGA